AUGAAAUUCAGCACUAAUGAAUCCAUGAUCCUUGCAACUAUUGCUACUUCAGCUUUAGCUGCCCCAUUCAUUUAUGACAACAAUUCAACUACUGAAUUAGCGUCUUCUCUUUCUCAAGAAGUUCCAGGUUGGACCCAUGCAACUUUCCCAGCCAUUUACCAAACCUGUAAUGAAACCAAUACCAGGAUGUUGAAUGCGGCUUUCAAGGAUACUGCUGAAGUUACUGCUUAUGGUAAGAGUAGAYUUCUAAACUAUGGUAUUGAUGAUGCUUAUUACAAAAGAUGGUUUGGUAAUGGUAGCAUCUUUACUGUCAUGGGUGUGUUUGACCAAUUGAUGGAAGCAUCCAAGGGUGGUAUGGUCAUGAGAUGUGAUGAUGCAGACGGUUUGUGCGCAGCUAAUCCAGAUYAUUACGCUGGUUAUCAUCGUGAGUCUGCUACGGCUGAAACUGUUAUUUGUGACUACUUCUAUAGUUCCAAAAAGCCGCUAUCGACUAUCUGCUUUGAAGGUACUAUUGUUGAUGUCGGCCCAACCCAUUAUGCUGGUAUUGAUAUGCUGCAUCGUUACUUGCACCUUCCAACCAUGAAUAUGGAUGAGUACAUUGGUGAAUACGCUGAAACUCUUGAAGAAGUUAUUGACUACGCUCAAAACAAUGCCACAUUCGCUGUUAAGAAUGUCGACAAUUACUUGUACUACCUAGCUGACGUUUAUAGUAGUUCUGUUAUUCCCGGUGGAUGUCUAGGUGAACUAUAA